GAAAACCAUUUCCUAUUCCUGGCUUCUCUGCCAGCCCAGAGAGACUGAUGAAGAAGAAAAGUUUCCAAAUAUACCAGGGUGGGCUUUUCUGGUUUCUGAGCGCUGUUGCUGUCUGCUGUUCGACAUCUGUGUCCCCUGAGACGCUGGGAAAUGCAGGUGCAGGGGCCCGGGCAGCAGCUGCCGUGUCCGGGCUGGGUCCCCGCCAUCUCCUCAGUCUGUUUCCUCGGGCUGUGUGCUCGCGCUUGACCAUGUUUGGGCAUGGAGGCUCGUCCCAGAUGGGGACCCAAGGCUGCUUCCCUGGAGACGGGCUGGGAGGCCAAACUUCCUGCUAGCGCCGCCGGGGCCUCUUUUGGGGUGGGGGCUGGGGGUCAGGAAGAAAGAAACCCUCUGCUUGCCGAAGACCCCUCGAGGCACUGGGAGCCUAAAUGACCGCUGUCCCCAGUGGGCAUGGGGAAGAAGUUGGUGAUGGCCCAGAAGCGAGGAGAGACUAGAGCCCUUUGCCUGGGUGUGGCCAUGGUGAUGUGUGCUGUCAUCACCUACUACAUCCUGGGAACGACUAUGCUGCCCCUCUACCAGAAAAGCGUGUGGACCCAGGAAUCCUUGUGUCGGCUGAUUGAGACCAACAUCAGGGACCAGGAGGAGCUGGAGGGCAAGAAGGUGCCGCAGUACCCAUGCCUGUGGGUCAAUGUGUCAGCCGUGGGCAAGUGGGCUGUGCUGUACCACACGGAGGAGACUCGGGACCGGAAUCAGCAGUGCUCCUACAUCCCAGGCAGCCUGGACAACUACCAGAUGGCCCUGGCCGACGUGGAGAAGGUCAGAGCCAAAUUCCACGAGCGCCAGGUUUUCUACUGCUUCUCCACGACGCAGGAGAACGAGACCAGCGUCCUGUAUCAGCGUCUGUACGGGCCCCAGGCCCUCCUCGCCUCCCUCUUCUGGCCCACCUUCCUGCUCACCGGUGGCCUCCUCAUUAUUGCCAUGGUGAAGAUCAACCGGUCCCUCUCCAUCCUGGCGGCCCAGAAGUAGACUCAUUCCUGCCCCUCCAGGGGUGGGACUGCUCCCCACCUGCCGGACGGGCCUCCUUCCCCCGCCCCCCUCUCCAGCUCAUCCUGCCUCCUGCUUCAUGGUUGACCUUUGGGAAAUCCCUUAGUUAAAGUCAUUUCUGACUCAAGAAUGUACAAUGGCUCCCCACGGCCUUGCUGGACACAAGGCCAGCUGGUUACAGCUCUCUGAUGCCUGUUUCCACUCAGCUGACGCAUACCUGAUUCCUAUGGUGUCACCACAGCGAGGAUUGUCACCUCUGUCCCGUGUUCUCCUGCUGCCUCAGAGGACUGCCUCGCCCACCCGGGCAGCCGUCCUUGGCAGACUGCAGUCCUUUAUUUGCAUUUCACAAUAAAAACAACAGCUCUC